AUGUCGGAACAAGUAAAUAAGACAGAACACCAAAAUGCAGUCGCACCACCACAACAGCAACUGGCCACAAUUGAUAAAUCUAUCUUAAAUGAUAAAUGGGAUAUAGUGUUGUCUAAUACAUUAGUGAAAGUUGGAUUAGGCUUUGGUGUUGGUGUAGUCACUUCUGUGAUCUUCUUCAAACGUCGUACUUUCCCUGUAUGGUUAGGCAUAGGAUUUGGAGCUGGUAGGGGUUAUGCAGAAGGUGACGCUAUAUUCCGUUCUUCUGCAGGUAUAAGAUCUGUCAACGUGUAA